AUGGUUAAAAGUAAAGAGGACAUCAAAAUUGUUUAUUAUUAUUUAAAUAAAUUAUUUAAUUGUUGUUUUAAAUGGUGCGACUUUCAUAAAUAUAUAUUCAAUCCAAAAUUGAUUCAAUUAUUAUUUGGAACUGAUAAACAAUUUUAUGUACAAUCAUGCAAUCGUUUAGCUUAUCAAUUCAGUAUUGAACUAUUAUUCCAAUUUGUUUGGAACAAUUUAGCUACUGGAAUUCUUAGAAUUAAUUUUUUGCUAGAACAAGACGUUAUGAAAAAAUUUAUAAAUAUUUUAUUUAAAAUUUUAAUAAACGGAGAAGACAAAUUUGGAAAAGUUGAGUUGAGGUUUUAUACUUUUUUCGGAGGUUUGAGUCAUGGUAUAAAUGCAACAUUGCUUUAUGAAAAGAUUGUCGAAUAUAUAACAAAAUCUAGAGAUUGUUCAAAAAUGGUGCGUGUCAUUACUUUUGAGUUCGCAAAUCCCACAAGUUUCAAAUUAAGUGAAAGAGCAGAUAAGGUCGAAACUAAGCAAUGUAAUGAUGUUAAAUAUACAAAUUAUCAAAUAUCCAAUAUUUACAAUCCAAUGGCAAAAUAUUUAUUUUGCAAUGAAGAAAGGAAAACUUCAAGGGCUUUUGAAGUUAAAAUUGAAAUAAAGAAGUAG